GAAAAUCUUUUUCCCGCUCUCUUAUAAGUAAACUGCAAUGUGCCUUACCCGGUCACUCCAGCGUGCUGCUUAUUUUCCUUUGUUUGAUUGGAUAUUACAUCGCCUUUUGGAGAGUAGGUGUGAAACUAUUUGAAAGUAAUAGUUACAAUGUCUCAACGAGGAAGCUCUCAGAAUUUCUUAUUUAAAUAUGCACCACUGCGACUCAGGGGUGUGAAUAAUCAGCCCACUAUCAAUCCAAGAGCAAAUAUGUCAGGAAGUCAAGUGCCUUCUCUCCCAAGACUUUCAAGACUACCAACAAAUCCUUCUAUUGAUGAAACGACGACGACCGUGUUUGAAGUCAACAACUCAGGACCAUGCGACUUACUUAAUUCUUCCUUAGAUAAUAUAACCAACUUCUGCCAACGUCAGGAGCUUCGCAAUCGCGAUAUUCAGGUGCAGCUGGAGUUAGCCACAGCUGAAAUCGGAACUCUUAAAGCCCGACUGGAUACUUCUGCCAGAGAAAUAGAACAGCUACAACACAUUAACCAGAAAUUGCGAAAUUCACACCAACAUGUAGAAAAGGAAUUGCAGAAAGUCGAUCAACUUUACGCGGAAGUAAAGAAUAUUUUUGCCGACACUGCCCAGAUUAUUGAAGAUACCCGAAAAGAAAAAGAAACCUGGCUCUCAAAUUUUGAAACUUUGCAAAAAAUUAACUAUGAAAGAAAGGAAAUGCAGCUGAGGAAUGAAUUUAAACGAAGCAUUGAUGAAAAAGAUGCCAAGAUAGAUGCCAUGCGCUGUGAGGCGGAGCAGCUUAUCAUUCAAUUUCAGGAUACGUCAGAACUUCGUACUGAAAUCGCCAAUUCGAUCGAACAUAUUAAACAACUCAACAGUAUAAAUGACACAAAAGAAAAGGAGCUUAAUGUGAUACGUGACAAACUGGCGUCAAUGCAACAAGCAGUUUCCACAUACGAAGACGUCAAACAUUCUUUGAAUAUCCUCUCAAAAGACAGAGCGGCAUUGCAGGACCGAUAUAGCUUGCUCGAGAAGAAAUACAAUAUGACCAGCGAAGCAUUAGUUGACUGCACUAGUCACAAAGAUGGACUUGAGAUAACAUUGGAUGGAUUAAACAAGGAGUUACAAGAGGAAAGAAAAAACAAGUACCAAGCAAUAUCAGAAACUCAAGAGUUAAUACAGCAGCUUACUACUUGUCAAAAAAUCCUGGAUGAGAAAACAACAAAAGUGGAUGAUCUUGCUAAAGAACUAGCAGUUUUUGUUGAGCGCUAUCGAGACUUGGAAAAAAAGGCCCACGAAUUAGAAAAAAUUGUUGUUGGCCACGAUGAUUCGCUUCGCGUUAUCGCUGAUUUAGAAAAAGAGAUUGAUGAGCUGAAGUGUCACCUGGCUACAAAGUCCACAGAAAUCCAGUCGAAAGAAAAGAAGCUUGAGGAAACAGAAUAUCUACUCAGCGAUUUGAAACUACAAUCUCUGAAUGUUGAUAAGUUGGCCAUGUUUGAAGAGAAAAAUCACGAGCUUCAACUUGAGCUUAAAAAAAAGGAAGCCGAACUAGAAGCCGCACUUUCUUGUCAGCACGAGUCGCAGCGAUUAAAAACAGACUCGGAUAAAGAGAUUGCUGAGCUCAAAUGUCAGCUGACGGCAAAAUCUAUAGAGCUUCAGUACAAGGAAAAGAGAUUAGAAGAACUUGAAAAAACCGUGGACGAGGUGACCCUCAAAUCUCUUAACCCUUCACAGGCAGAAUCUGGUCGAGUAGAAGUGGACUUGCUGAAACAAAAAGCAAAAAACGAAAUCGAAACCUUAAAAACUGCGUUGAAUUUGAAAAGCCUAGAACUUGAAAAUGUGAAUGACGAAUACGAGGAGGCCCAGAAGAUGAUGGCAUCAGCUGAAAGAAAGAUUGCAGAUCUUGAAUUAACGGUUAGCAUUCUUGAGCGAAAAUUGGAAACAGAACGGGAACAGGCUUCCUUUACUCCUCAACCUUAUGGGGUCCCAGAUGACGUAGAACUUCGUGCGUUACGGCCAAUUCUAAAGCAAUCUUCUUCUUCCGUCUACACGGAUCAUGCUUCUCAAAAUAGCGGAGAAUCAACCACAGGUACAACGGAUAACAAGGAAACUUUGAAUCUUCUACAAAAAGCAAACGCAUUUGCCAAAGCAGCAGAACUGAAACGACGUGAUAGUGGAAGCAAUGCGUGUUUGAUUAAGAUACCCCCCUCUCCAUCAAGCUCAUGGCUAAACCCCACGGAGAAAAGACGAAAGUUAGAUAAAAGUGACGGGCGUGCCUCUUCAAUAAAAAUGGAUCUUCGAGACUGUGUUACCGAAUCUCCCGUUCUGCGCUGUCAAUCUGACGGAUCGACGUCACGAUUUCUGGCUCGCAGUAACGCUUCCUCAGUUCUUCAUUCCAUGGAGCCGAUUGAAGUUGAAGAUUCAGACGGUAAUGAUAAUGAAAUAGUUUAGUUAACACCGUGACCUUUUUACCAGGCCUAUCUCUCGCUCGGCAACGGGUAGGAAACUUCCUUCUUUACGAUGUUUUUUCUUUUAAUUUUCCGUUGUUUUACUUGGUUAGAAAAAACCACUAGAGUUGCAAAUAUAACUGCAUUUUUAGUUUUAUCACCCUGCGCGUAAUGGUUAGG